GCUCUGCCCCGCAGCGACCUAUCCGGACCCCUGCCCUGCUCCCAUUGAGAUCUUCUCUGCGGGAGAGGCGAUGUUGCUCAUGCUGGUAGACGUGGUGCUCUAUGCCGUCGUAGCCUGGUGGUUGGAACAGGUUUGGCAAGGCGAGUAUGGGCAAGCCAAGCCGUGCUUCUUCUGCUUUGACCCUGCCUUCAUGUUCCCAUCGCGGCGGCGGGCGGGUCUGUUGCAGGAAGACGGCCUCGAAUCCGGCCACGAAGAGUUGGCCAUGUCCAUCAAGGACAUGCGCAAGGUCUUCAAAGGUGGCAAGGUGGCGGUGGAUGGGAUGGACCUCGAUAUCCGCCGUGGGGAGAUCUUCGCACUCCUGGGACACAACGGCGCCGGGAAGACCACAUGCAUGAACUGCGUGGUUGGAUUGAUUCCGAUGACAAGCGGCAGCGCUUCUGUUAACGGCUACGAUGUGCACACGCGCAUCGAAGAUGUGCGGAGGCAGCUAAGCAUAUGUCCCCAGGACAACCCGCUCUACGACGUUUACACGGUGCGCCAGCAUCUGCAGUUCUUCGCUGGCCUCAGAGGCAUCAGCUCCCAGCUGCAAGGGGCGAAAGUGAUGGAGGUGCUGGAAUGGAGUCAGCUGGAGCAGAUGUUGGAGGAAUAG